AUGGAAGAGUUCGAAAUAUUAGAUUUUCAUGAAUUAUAGCAAGAAUAGGAAGGAAUUGAUAAGACUGCGAGAUUUUUGUAAAAGAAGAUAUAAAAUGGUUUCAAAGUCAGUAUAGUGAUUAAAAAAUAACAUAAAUUUGGAUUGGCUCCUUUGCAAUAAAAGAAAAAUGAUUUAUUUUCUAAACAACACAAACCUAUGGAUAUAAUUAGUUAAAGUUCUGAGCAAACCGAGAAUAAUGAUAAACAAGGUUCUUCAACGUCUUCGCAUUCUAGUAUCAAAAUGAAAAACAAAUUAACUAUCCCUCCAACCCAAAAUGAAACUCCUGAAUAGAAUCAGGAUGAGCAAAGGACUGAAAAAUCUGAUGAUGAUCAAAUUUCCUUAUAUUCUAACUAAAUUAACAAUUUUGAACAUUUGCUGAAGGACAAUUUAUUGAGUCAAAAGAUUCAAAUCGGGUUGUCAUUUAUGAGAGAUGGUAAUUCCAAAAUGGCUCUGGAGAAGAUGAUGGAUGCAUAUAAAGAAGGAAAUGAGAAAUUAAAAUAAUGCCAGGAUUAAUAGUAGAUUUCUGUAUUAAUUAUAAUCUGCAUUUAAUCACUGUGUUAUGCAUCUCAACUUUUAAUGGAGUUUGGACAAUUCAGUGAGUCUUAAAAAUGUUUAGACAAAUGUUUAAAUUAAUUCGAAAUCAAUGACUUUGAUUUAAAAUGCAAAAUAUAUAUUGCAAAAGCAUAAUGCAACUUAUCCAAUAAUUAAUAUUUGUAGUGUCUAGAUAAUUAUACUAAAGCAUUAAUUCAAUAUGAAUAAGUGAAUUGGAAGUUGGAAGUUGCAAAAUUAUUAAUUAAAAUCUCAUUUGUUUAUGCCUUGCUAAAUGAUUUUGCUGAUGCCAAAAAGAUCUGUUAUGAAGGCUUGUCAAUUUUGUAGACUAAACUCUCUAAUUCCGAUCCAAAAAUAUACGAUGCUUAUUAUACUUUGGGAUGUAUUUACUAUCUAGAAAAGGAAUACGAUUUUGCCUUGGAAUACUUGGAUCAAUCCAAAGAAGGAUUCAUUAAAUUAUAUGGAGAAAAGGAUCUAACCAUCAUCAAGAUUCUAAAUUUAUAGGGUGUGAUCAACCAUCUCUAAGGAAAUAGCAUCAAUGCCAUGGAACUCUAUGAAUAAAUCGUUUGCUUAUAUGGAGACUCCUAAAAUAUUGGAUUAGCUCUGGUGCUAAACAAUCUAGCCUUGGUAUAUUUGGACAGAAUGAAAUUUAAGAGUGCCAAGUUGUCUUUUGAAAAGUCUAUUGCUAUUUUGAAAGGAUAUAUCAAUGAAUAACAUCCUACUUUUCAGAGAAUUGAGAAGAAUAAGAAACUUGUUGUUGCAGCUACUUUAUCUUAUCUAUGA